AUGGAUAGUGUGUCUGCCGAGGCGCGGGCGGGAGCACGGGUACUGGGCGAAAUCGAGGAGACGUCCCUUGAUGAGAUGGCUGGGCCGUGGCGAAAGCAAGGAUUUAUUCUUGCCGAACUUCGUCAUGCAAUUGACGCAACAAAUACGACGACAAUAUCGAAGCCCAUUACCCACAAUGUGAAUAAGUCUCACAGCUCGUACCCCAUCCCCGGCCUCGACGCCUUGGUGGCCCGCCAGCGGCAGGCUGCUCCAGCAUCACCACUGCAACUGACCGGUCGAUACCUCCAUCUCAUUUACGCUCUCAUAUCCACUCUCAUCGCAGCACCUCAUCUCAAGACCGUCGUCGUGAUCGACCUCGAAGACCGUUUCGAUGCCACACGAUUGACAGUCGGCAGCGGACCGAAUGACGAUGCUGAUCACGACAAGCACGAUAUCGAGACGGACACUGAUGACCCUCUGCGCCACGUGCAUGUCUACCGCCCAGCACGUUCCAGCAUAGAACACCUCCGGGACGUUAUCGCCGCCGCCGAACACCGCAUGCUGUACGGCCGUCACGACAGCAGGACCCGUGAAUGGUGGGGAACCAUUGUCAUCGGCGCUCCCCUGGCCGCAACCACCGGCUCCUCGUCCGCCGCCGGCCGGCCCAGCAGUAGCGUGCAAGUCACAGCCAGCUGGCGCGGCUGGAUGAGAGUCGACCGCGAUGAGGUACGCGGCUUCCCCUUGGGUGCUGGCGUCGGAGAGGUGUUGGCAGAUAGGGAGAGGCGGCAGGCUGCGGUGGAUGAGGCACCAUGGACGGCUUCAUGCGCAUGGGGAUCGAUAGUCUUCCAAGAGAAGGGCGCGGCAGCAGCGAAAGAUGAGCCUCCAUUGCAUCGAUAG